ACCUGAUCUUCUAUUAAGAGGACCUGACAGAGUGUGGCAUCGAUAUCAGAGCAGCCUCAGUGUACUCAGGAGUCUUCACACAGAUCUUUAAAGAGGAGAGAGGACUCUACCAGGACAAGGUCUUCUGCUUCAUCCAUCUGAGUGUUCAGGAGUUUCUGGCUGCUCUUUAUGUCCAUCUGACCUUCAUCCAGUCUGGAGUCAAUCUGCUGUCAGAAGAACAAACAACAUCCAGAAAGAUUAACAUACUGAAAGAAAAACCUGAACUAACACGUCUCCAUCAGAGUGCUGUGGACGAGGCCUUAAAGAGUCCAAAUGGACACCUGGACUUGUUCUUGCGCUUCCUUCUGGGUCUUUCCCUGCAGAACAAUCAGAUGCUCCUACGAGGCCUGAUGACACAGACAGACAGAAUCUCAGAGACCAAUCAGAAAACAGUCGAGUACAUCAAGAAGAAGCUCGAUGAGAAUCUGUCUGCAGAGAGAAACAUCAAUCUGAUCCACUGUCUGAAUGAACUGAAGGAUCGUUCUCUAGUGGAUCAGAUCCAACAGUUCCUGAGUUCAGUAUGUCUCUCUGUAGAACAUCUGUCUCCUUCUCAUUUAUCAGCUCUGAUCUUCAUCUUACUGUCAUCAGAUCAACAUCUGGAUGUGUUUGACCUGAAGAAAUACUCUGCUUCACAUGAGGCUCUUCUGAUGCUGCUGCCAGUGAUCAAAGCAUCUAAAAAAGCUUUGUUGUCUGUCUGUAAUCUGUCAGAGAGAAGCUGUGAAGUUCUGUCUUCAGUUCUCAGCUCUCAGUCCUCCAGUCUGACAGAACUGGACCUGAGUAACAACCAGCUGCAGGAUUCAGGAGUGAAGCUGCUGUCUGCUGGACUGGAGAGUCCACACUGUCACCUGGACACUCUCAGGUUGUCUGUCUGUAAUCUGUCAGAGAGAAGCUGUGAAGUUCUGUCUUCAGUUCUCAGCUCUCAGUCCUCCAGUCUGACAGAACUGGACCUGAGUAACAACCAGCUGGAGGAUUCAGGAGUGAAGCUGCUGUCUGCUGGACUGGAGAGUCCACACUGUCACCUGGACACUCUCAGGCUGUCAGGCUGUCUGAUCACACAUGAAGGCUGUGCUUCUCUGGCCUCAGCUCUGACCUCCAACCCCUCCCAUCUGAGAGAGCUGGACCUGAGCUACAACCAUCCAGGAGACUCAGUCAAGCUGCUGUCUGCUGGACUGGAGGAUCCACGCUGGACUCUGGACUCUCUCAGGGUGGAUCCUGGUGGAGUCCGAUGGCUGAGACCAGGUCUGAGGAAGUAUUUCUGUGAACUCUCUCUGGAUCCAAACUCAGCGAACAGAAAACUCAAACUGUCCAACAACAACACAAAGGUGGAACAUGUGGACGAGGAUCAAUCAUAUCCUGAUCAUCCAGACAGAUUUGACCUUUGCCCUCAGGUCCUGAGUACAACUGGUCUGACUGGUCGCUGUUACUGGGAGGUCGAGUGGAGACGAGACGUUUAUAUAUCAGUGACUUACAGAAGAAUCAGAAGGAAAAGAGACAGUUUGGACUGUUGGUUUGGACGUAAUGAUCAGUCCUGGAGUCUGAUCUGCUCUGAUGGUUUUUGUUACUCUGUCCUUCACAAUAAGCGACACACAUUCCUUCCUCUCUCCCCUUCGUCCUCUCACAGAGUCUCAGUGUUUGUGGACUGUCCUGCUGGCACUCUGUCCUUCUAUGACGUCUCCUCUGACUCUCUGAUCCACAUCCACACCUUCUGCUGCACGUUCACUGAACCUCUGUGUGCUGGGUUCAGGUUCAGGUUCUGGCUCUGGUUUGGUUCUGGUUCCUCAGUGUCUCUGUGUGGACUGUAGGACAGAGAGCCUCCUCCUGUGGACACAAACACUCGAUCACACACGUUUGGACAGUAAACGUCCAGCUGGUUUGAUUUUGACGUCUCAGUUGUUGUAAAUUCAGCCUGUAAACAAACAUGAUUUUCACAUGAUUGACUGUUUGUUUGUUUGUUCAAAGAAACAAACAAUAAACAGAGUCCACUUAUUGUUGUCUCUGGGACAGUCUGUUCAUGAUUGACAACUUGAAAUCUGUCUCUCCUGAUUGUCUUUUUCUGAUCAAAGCAGUUUGAUGUGUUGAUUGUCUGUCUGUCUGUCUGAUCACAAAUCAUUUGGGCGUCUUCAUUGUGGCUCCGCCCACCUGCAGCCAUCAGACAGAUGGAUCUAUGUCCAAGUAAAACAGGUUGAGCUUGUUUUUUGUUUCCUCUUAAAUCUGUCAUUAAUUAUUAUUUAAUUAAUCAUUAAUUAAUCCCCAGGUGGCUCCUGGUGUGUCGUGAGCACCUUGACAUCGGUGUGUGAAUGUGAGGCAUAACUGUAAAGCUCUUUGAGAGUCUGAUGCAGAUGGAAAAGUGUGAUAUAAAUGCAGUCCGUUUACCAUUUUUCAUGUAUUAAAAAUUGUAAAAAGUAAAAAUACUCAAACUCAUUUGUUUUUGUCCAUUUGAGUCUUGAGGAGGAAUAAAGUAAUUUUUCACAGUC